GUUCUCCGGAAGCGGAUGUGACGCGCGCCAGCUGCCGAGCAGCUGCGAGAGGGGCCGCGCGGCGGUGGCAGCUCGCGCAGCCAUGGAGGCGCGGGAGGCGCUGCAGGAGCUGCGCGCGGCGCUGCGCGCGGUGUUGGCGCGGGUCAGAGAGGGCGAACCGGGCGAAGGCCGCGAGCCGUUCGAGCCUCCGCGCUUCUGGGACGCGCUAGGUCGGACAUUCAAAGAAGCAUCACAAGAAGCUACAAAGCUCAGUCUGGCUUUCUCAAGGUCUCCACUGCCUUCUGCAGAGAAUUGUCAGAAGCUGAGCGACGAUGUCCAAAAUGCCAUUCUUGCAGUUGCCACAGCGUACUACUGGCUCCCCAAGGGCCAAGGUACUACUCUUCGGAAGAUGGUACGAGAUGCUACCACUGAAGUAGUGGAAGGAAUGAUCCAACUCACAGAAACUAUUCUCAUUUCUCCAUUGGAGAGCUUGUCUCAGGAACAGCUUAUAUCAACUGGUGGUGUGUGGGAAGCAUGCGAGCAAGUGUCCAGCCUGCCACGAAAUAACCAGGCAGCAGUUGUGUCAGCUCUGGCUGCCUGUCUGAGUGUGGUCAAGGAUGCUCUGGAGGAGAUGGAAAAUGCUCUGGUGGAAGGGCAAGACCCCUACAGUGAUAUCACGGAAGAUGAAGAGCUUGGCUUUCGGGGCAACAGAGAUACCUAUUGGUCAGAAGCUGACCGGAAACUGCUUAGCUCCUGCAUGGGAUUAAUAAAGGCUUCCAAAGCUUGCCUGAAGAAGGUCUUGAGUGUAGUGAAGGCUUAUGGCAAAGCUGAAUCUCCAGAGCAGAUUGCUCAGCUGGAUGACCUUGCAGACAUUGCUAAUGAGAUCAGUCCAAGUGUUGAUGAGUUGGCACUGAGCAUGUAUCCACCUGUGAACCAGUUGGCCGUGCGACUCAACGCUGCUAAGUUGGCCUCAGUGUUAAAGAAAGUCUUAGAGAUUACAAAGACAAGCCAUGUCUGUCCACCAUCAGAGGAAGGCUGGGUGCAGUUUCUGAUUGGUGCGGUAGAUCACAACAUGGACAAAAUCAAGAACUUCACACAGGGUGAACUUUAGCUCUUCUGUGUCCACAUGUGUAGCUGCUACUGGCCCUGAUGUAUGCUCUUCCAGGGAAUCUGGCCAUUCUCCAGCUACAGGGAGAAUGAUGAGGACAGUGCUCUUAAGAGAGAACUUCGAUGCCACCUGGCAAAACUCACAAAAAAUCACCCUUUGCAAUUGCAGGUGGUGUCAUUUUGCUUGGACUCUUGGGAUGGUGCAGUGCUGAAUCUUACUGUUGUGAAUGUGCCCAGUUUUUCAGACAUUACAACUGCCGUGGGGUUCAAAGAACAAUAAAAUGCUGCUAGAUUUG